AUGAAGACUGCACUCAUCUUCGUCACCCUCUCUCUCGUCCUCUUUACCGCUUGGUGCAGCGCCGAACCUAAACUCCCCUCCGAUGGAAUUCAUUACAUGGAUGUGUUAAGUGGAAGCGUUGAGAGUGCAGAUUUCGAAGAAGAGGGGAAGGAUGGAGAAGGCAAGGACGACAAACUCUCUGACUCGUAUGACAGCGCAAGAUACAAGUGGAGGGAACAACGCUUUCACGAUAAGUGCGAUGGUGAGAUGGACGACGAGGAGAACGACUACAGCUGGUACUACGAGAAGGACUUAUCUAAGUACACGCCAAAUCCAAAGAUGAAGACACCGUUGCUCAUUUUCAUUCUGUCUGUCUUCCUACUUGUUGCCUGGACCAAUGCCGAACACAACACCGAAGCUUCUGAUGAUGAAGAUGAAGAGGGCCAUGUAAAAUACGAUGAGGAUGAUUACUACGAUGUCUUAAUAUCCGACGAUAAGGAUACUGAAAAAGAAGAUAUGGAAGAAGAAGAGGACGACGAGGAAGAAGAAGAGGACAUAGAAGAGGUCAAAGAAGACGAGUUGGACGAGGAGUGGUAUGCGCGAUGUUCUUCAGCGACAGCCUUUCUCCCGACCUCAUCCUCUCCCAACUGCCUGGCUGCGACUGUCCCGAUAUCUGCGUUGAUCCCCUUCAAUGCGCCUGUCUGCGUCGUUGCGGUGGCCUCAACUACCAUGCUGACCCUCAGGUUCUUUUCCAAUCCACGUUGUUGCCUCUCCGCCGUCCGAUCUACGAAUGCAACUCCUCCUGUACCUGUCAUCCCGUCUGCUGCCCGAACCGCGUAG